AUGUCAGCGGAGGCAACCUCAGCAGCAGCUGCCGCCAAUUUGGCUAAAAUAGUUAAUCUUAUCGGUUCCAAUGCUCGGGAUGAGGAGCAGCCCACCAUCCAAUCAGUCAGCUCUAAGAGUGUUCGCCUGGCCAGCAGUGGAACGCCUAGACGCUCUGCUUACUCAUAUGUGCCCAAAUCGCCGCAGCUGGAGGAGAUUGUUUUUGCCGAACCGACGUGCUCUGAACGCUUUGCACGUUACUUUGUCAUCGUCAUCUACCUGUGCGGUCUCUGUUGUCUAGGCUUCUUUUUAUCCAUCUACCACAUAUUCUUCUGGGACUCCCGCAUGCCACCCGUGUUCAAGGGUCAAAAGAAAACCCCGGCCUUUGGCUAAUUUCUUAACCAUCUAAGAAUCUCAACAGCAGCAAUGCUCACU